UACAAAACGGUAUGUACAGCAAAAGUCGGGCACUGGGCAUUCACAUUAGAUUUACGCGACGCGACGCAGCUGCGACGACUAUCAUCUGGACUCGAUCUGGUGUAAAGUAAACCAUGGCGACUUUUGAUGCAUUUCAAUCUUUGAAGAGUUCUAAAGAGGUUGAUGAGAAAAUUGCCAGCCUGGGGCUGAGAGAGCAAAGGUUCAGGGUCAAGCCCAUGCCCAGUCUGCGCGAACUGGGCAUCAGGUUCAUCUUCAAGAAUGCAAACAUCUUCUCCAGAGAGCAAGUCAACUACUUUGGAAAUCUGCCUUUCAACCUGGUGCAAGAUCUGCUUGCUCUUUGUGUGUCCGAAGACAUGCCUGUUGAUGAAGACGAAGAAGAUGAAACAAAAGAAGAAGAUAGAGAGAAGACUUUAUCCUUGGUAAAACUUCUACUUAAAGUUCCAAACAGCAACGUCAAGAGCUUGGACAUUCUGAGCAUGUCGCAUUUGGGCGAGGACAACUGCAAAGUCUUCGUGCAACUGGCACUGAAGAACUGCCCUAAGCUGGAGCAUGUGAGCGCCCCCUGUCCUCUGCUUCCUUCUGCUUGUGCCAACAAAACCUUGCAGUUGACCCAGUCCAUCGUCACCAAGUGGAGCAAACUCAGGUCGCUUGACCUGAUGGGUUUCUUUAUCACAGACGCUGCCAUCAAAUUGAUCAGUGAGAAGUUGCCCGACUUGCAGAGGAUCAACUUGUGCCUCUGCAAGGAUAAGUUCACUUUAGCAGGUGCUGGUUUCCUCAUCAAGUUGAAAAAGUUGACUGACCUGGAGCUCUCUGUGCAAAAAUAUGAUUUGCACAUGCAUUUUUUUGCAAACCUGCUGAUUAUGAUUCCAGGCAUCCAUCCAACUUUGCAACGGAUCCACCUCAAUCAUUUUGACGACAGUCCUUACAUCUUUACUGACUUUGUGGAUUUAUUUGGCAAAUACUUCCCUGGGAAAGAGAUAACCCUGCAUCAAGUGACUGUGGUUGAGCCGCUGACAUACCUUUGGCCUCAAAACCUGCGUGUUAACAGUGUCCUUUUGUACCCCUCGGCCUACGCUACCGACAUUGGCUUCCGUAGCCUUUGCGCUAUACCCUGUGGAGUCUCGGAGCUCAUCCUCUUUCAUCUUGCCGACCCCGAGCUGCUUUACAAACUACUAGAAAAGCUGGGACCUCAACUGAAGAAACUCAGGCUUUGGGAAAAGAUCACCAGCAACAUCAAUACACAACAUUCAUGCACCCUGAACCUAUUCAGAGUGAUGUCCCUGUGCCCAGCCCUUGAGCACUUCUCCACCAACUGCCUGAUGCCUCUGCAGGCUGAGCCAAAGUACAAUCUCACACCACAACACUUUGCCAAUAUGAAAAGCUUUCAGCUGGAUGGGGAGUGCAACUUUCUUGAUGCUGAGAGUGUGCUUAUAUUCUUUGAGAUUUUUGAAAUGGUGAUGAGAGGCUCCAAGUGCCUUCAGGUUCUUGAUCUUCAAAACAAGCUCCUUACGCUUAUGACUGCCAGAUUCCUGAAAGCAAAUCCUAAUUGCCUGGGCCAGGUGAAGGUCUUCAAUGCUGUGUUUAAUGAGAUGCGAAGCAAUGAAGACGUGGAGAACAUCAUUACCAUCGGCAAGCUUCUGAUGCUGCGUUCCCCCUUCCUAGGCAUGAUUGAGAUCCACGGCCUUGAAGAGUACAUGUUGCCAUUUUGGUUCCUUGAUAUUGCAGCCAGCCUGGGGGUGCAAAUUAAGGCCAGCAACACAUUCUAUUGCUCUGGCUACAGUCACAUGCUCCUCAACCCCAUCCACGUCUUCUCCAGCACCAUCAACCCUGUUGGCACCACUGCCGACCCCAAUUCUGCUCAAAAUCGUAAAAUCUGGCUCGUGAAUUAUUUUCCGAGCUUAUUGUCGGAAAGGCGCAUGAUGGGUAAUGUAAGUUUGUGAAAUUGUUCAAAAUCCAUAUUGUUGAAGAAAUGGAAACCUUUAAUUGAUGCAAGAAAUAAUUAGCAAUUGAUUUUUAUCUUUAAGACUUAAAAUAUUUUGUAGUAAAAUUAAUGACCCAUAAUUUUUUUUUAUCCUUUCAAUCAUUCAUCAUUUGAUAUAAUUUCGGAAUCACAUUUUCUUAAAUUUGCUAAACAGCGUUUUGAUGAAAGCAAGUAACAGGUAACAAUAUGAAAAGUGCUUCAAGGAGUAACUGAUUACUGAUUUUCUAUCACUGCAAGAAAGAAGCAACACUAAAAUUUUUAAUAUAAUAUCACUAACUUUUUCAAUUGCAUAUAAAUCUUGAUUUGGGCAGAGAUUGCCUUGUGCAAUCUCAUUGGCAACUAAAUAUGCCAUGCUCAAUGAACUAUACUGAUUGAAUAGCGUUGAAAAAGAAAAAUGGAACAGUCUUGCUCAUAUGACUUAAGAAAUUCAGGAAAUGCUCAAUAAUUGUUACCAUCACGUGUAAGGAAAGUUGUGCGAAUUUGGUAUUACAGCCUUUACCAACAAUUGUAGACUAAUUAAUUUUUUUCUGGCCCUACACACUGAAUAAUUAAUCGCUCCUCCCAACUAUUAAUGUCAUGUUAAAAUUUCAUAUGCACCAAAAAAGGAGCCCAAACUUUUACUAAUAGGGCAUUUAAUUAACCAUUUUAGUGAAAAAAAUGUACAAACAAUCAGUCAAAUACUUUAAUCAGUUGUAGUGUAACUAGAAAAACUAAAAUAUUGGCUACUUGGGCAUAAAUUAAUUUUGUGCGUCCAGUAUAUGUCACUUCGCACAUUUAUUUGGUAAUUUUUGGGAUCAAAAUAUAAUAUUGUAUGGAUGAUUAUAGACCUAUAGAGUACAUAUUUCAUUGUAAUUUUUUUUUAACAUAAAAUAAGGCACCACACUAAAAGAGCAAUCUGUAAAGCCCAGCAAGUGACAGCGUAGUCUAUUUUCUUUUUUGUGUCUGAAGCCUGCAGUGAAAUAAAAACGUAUAUGGACGCAGGAAGAGAAAGCGCACAGGCCAUUCCACCCGGCUAGUUCAUGCUGUCAAAACAAUUAUUCUUGCGCUCGCUCGCAAUAUGAUGAUAAAUA